GGACCUUUCCUAGGUUCGUUUGUCAGAGUGAUGGGAUUCAGGCUCUAAAUGACACAUCCACAUCCUUUCUUUCAUUGGUGUGAUGUCUACAACACAGCAGGUCUGUCAUCAGGACCUAUGUGUGACGGCUCAGGCAUAAGGUGCUCUUCCAAAGGAGCCAUAAUUUCCCCUUAAUUUUUCAACAGUGUUUUUUUCCUUGUUGUUAUGACCGCUCUUUUAUCAUGGCUAAUAAGUCUGAGGUGGCUUCGAGCAGCCAAGCCCAACCCCUGAGUCAAUGCGGGGCUUUCGACGAGAAGCCGGACUAAAGUUUGACAGAUGGGUUUGAGGGGCCAUGUGCUGCUGUGUCUGUAGCAUCUGGGCUGAUGGACACCAAAGGCACGUUUCGUAGUAUGCCACCAGGCUGAUUGGUGUGCCUCCUAUCCACAUUUAGGGCAAAAAUUAUGGGACCUGUCCUGAAAGAAUCUCAAUUUCCAAAAUAAAAGCGUGAGGUCCUAAAAGACACCCUCUUCCGCUUCAGAAAUACAAAGGAUCCGUUUUCAAAGUUACAGAGAAUUCUGUUGCAUUUCCUGUCAUUCCCAGAACCCCGCUCCCGGCCCCAUACAUUUAUUGAAAUAUAUCCAGUCCCCCAUUUACUAGCUCUGUGUCCCCGGGCAAGUUGCCUGCCCUCUUGUGCCUCCUCAGCUGUAAAAUGGGGAUAAUUAUUAGUACCAACGUCCGGGGUUAUGGCAAGGACUGAACGAGAUCAUUUAAAGUCUAGCUCAACUCCUAGCACGUCAGGACUGCUCGAUAAAUAGAAACUAUCGUCGCUAUCAUAGUUUUGGUUGUUGUUUUGUAAUUAGUCUGAGAGAUUCCACUUAGUGGCUAUCGAUCUUCCUUUGGCUGCAGCAUCUUGGUUUCUUCCUGGAAAGAAACUCGAAUCUCGACACGGUCAAAUCCAUUGUUCCAGUGCAUCCCAACCCCUCCCUGGCUCCAAUCCCCACCUCUUACCUCUCUCCACCCUUCCCGCAUUCCUGCACAGUCGGUCUUCUUUUUUUUUUUUUUCUUUUUCUUUCUUUCUUUCUUUUUUUUUUUUUUUUCAGUCAACUGAGGGUGUCGUUAAAUCUUUUAUUUUUCUGGCUGCCCCGUUUGGUUCGGAGGCACUCCACUCCCGCCCUGCUCAUGACAAGAAUGCUGGGGAAUGCUCAGCCAGCCAUGUCCCUCCCCUGUCAGAACACCCAGCUCUUAACGCUCCCUGAGAAGCGGCAUUUCUGAGGCCCCACCUGCUGCCGUGACUCCCCCAUUGAGCCGGUGGUCUGGUGAUGAUGAAGACCGAAUGGCUGAGAGAAAGCCGGGGGUAGGUGGUAAUCGAGGGGAACAUCACACAUCGCCCACGUCCUGUGCUUGCUUCUCAAGGCUUCGAAAAAGACACUGAGAGGCUUUCUCUGAUUGUGUACGUUAAAGGCUGGGUAGUGAUGCCAUUGCUUAAUUAGUGUUGUUGUGAUCUACAUUUGAGUGAUUUGUUUAGCUCUUUGUGGCCCUUUUGGGCUUGAGCUCAUCAUGUGAUAUUGACAGAGUGAUGAGAAAUGGGAGGGCAAUCAUGCUUGAAUUAAUGCGGAAAUCACAUCCUCAACGUCUCGGGUCCUUUCCACAUUGGACGUGGGACCUCAAGUCACUUGGCGGGACAUGAGGGAGUCUACACAGCCCACCUUCGAGAUCAUGAUUCUGGAAGGAAGUGGUGUAAUGAAUCUCAACCCCAGCAACAAUCUCCUCCACCAGCAGCCAACCUGGACAGACAGCUACCCCACGUGCAAUGUUUCCAGCGGGUUUUUCGGAGGCCAGUGGCAUGAGGUCCAUCCUCAGUACUGGAGCAAGUACCAGGUGUGGGAGUGGCUCCAGCACCUUCUGGACACCAACCAGCUCGAUGCCAGCUGCAUCCCUUUCCAGGAGUUCGACGUCAACGGCGAGCAUCUCUGCAGCAUGAGUUUGCAGGAGUUCACCCGGGCGGCGGGCACGGCGGGCCAGCUCCUCUACAGCAACCUGCAGCAUCUCAAGUGGAAUGGCCAGUGCAGCAGUGACCUGUUCCAGUCCACACACAAUGUCAUUGUCAAGACGGAACAAACUGACCCUUCCGUCAUGAACACCUGGAAAGAAGAAAACUAUUUAUAUGACACCAGCUAUGGUAGCACAGUAGAUCUGUUGGACAGCAAGACUUUCUGCCGGGCCCAGAUCUCCAUGACAGCCACCGGUCACCUUCCUGUCGAGUCACCCGAGAUAAAAAAGGACCAAGACCACCCUGCAAAGUCCCACACCAAAAAGCACAAUCCACGAGGGACUCACUUAUGGGAAUUCAUCCGUGACAUCCUCCUGAACCCAGACAAGAAUCCGGGGCUAAUCAAGUGGGAAGACCGGUCUGAGGGCAUCUUCAGGUUCUUGAAAUCGGAGGCUGUGGCUCAGCUGUGGGGAAAAAAGAAGAACAACAACAGCAUGACCUACGAAAAACUCAGCCGAGCGAUGAGAUAUUACUACAAGAGAGAAAUUCUGGAGCGUGUAGAUGGACGAAGACUGGUCUAUAAAUUUGGGAAAAACGCACGUGGAUGGAGAGAAAAUGAAAACUGAAUCUGCCAACACUUGAAACUCGAGCCAACACAUACCCCAGACAAUAGCAAACCAAGAAAUCCUGCACAUGCGUAUUUCAAAGACUACUUUUCUCUGAUAUUUAUGUACCAUGAGGGGGAACAGCAUCCGCUUCUAAUGGGAAGAAGGAACACUACAGUCGAUAAAAUUAUUUUGUUACUUUGAAGUAUGUCCUAUAUGGGGAACAAACGUACACAGUUUUCUGUGAAAUAGGAGGCUUGUAUGUGGCCGUGAUUUGUUUUUGCCUCUAUUGAAGUUCUUUUCCACUGCAAGAAGGACAGGAUUGGUAGCCUUGUGCUUCCUGCUAAAAGAAAGAAAAAAAUAUUAGAGGGCAUUAAAUGUUUUUAUGUGCAAAAUGAUUAGGGAAAGGUGAUGUGUCUUCUGCGCUUACGAAUCCACGUGGUCUCAUCAAGAGAGGUGGGUGUGGUUGUUAGCAUGGACCCCGAGGUCUCAGAUUGCCAGGAUGAACCAGAGGAUGCUGGGAAGUUUAACCUGGGCUUUGGGAGCCGGUGAGUGGAGCAUGAAGCCUUCUGAAAUCCAAGUGGACUAUAAUCACUGCAUAAUCACAGGACUUGCGAUGCUUAAAUCAGCGAGAAGAAUAAUGGUGGGGGCUUUCUACUCAUUCAAGAAUGAUUUACCUGAUGCCAAGGCUGUUUUUCUCUCUCCCCCUUGCUUGGAUGAUUGGCGGGUGGGGGGGGGGGUGGAAACUUCAGUUGCCACCUCUGCUCACUUCUAGAUAUUUAAGAGAGGGUCUAGCCUUGGUUGUUUUUAUCCCAAUUGCUCCAAAAUAAAUGGGAAAAAGGAGGUGGUGAUGAGUUUGCUCUUGGAGCCCUAUAGCCCCUGAGUAAUUCUUUGUUGUGCGUUAUUGGGCUGUUUUGUGCAUUGUAGGAUGUUUAGCAGUAGCCACGACCUUUAGCCACUAAUUGCCAAUAGCACUCCCAUCCCCAAAGUUGUGACAUCUUCAGAAAUUGCCAGGUAUCCCUUGCAGGGCAAAAUUGUCCUUGGCUGAGAACCACUGAUGUAACCAGUCAAGAUGAAGGUGGUGAUUUACUCUCAGGACAAAGCUAUGUGUAGAUCUUUUAGUCCCUAGAGUGAAGUAAAAGCAAGACUGCAAAGUCAACCAAUUUUUAAUUUUUAAAAUGUUAGGGACGAUGGGAAUUCAGGAGUGGGACAUCUAGAGGGAGUUUUCAGAACCCCAGAUGAGAACCAAAGUCAGAUGACAAACUAAACAUAGUAAUGUAGCAAAGAACUAUAAUAGAAGACAUUUCACUAGAAUGAAAAAGGAGUAAAAAUUAAAUUGCACCAGGAAAUGCUGAGAAAAGAAAGAGAGAGAGAGAGAGAGAGAGAGAAGAAGGGAGGAAAUGAGAGAGAGAGAAAGAGAGAGGGUUCCAGGGAAAAUCUUUGCACAUGUUAAUUCUUAUCAUCAUUCCUCUUUUGGAUAAUCUCUUUCUUGUCUCAUCUCGACUCAUCCCGAAGUGAAUGAUAUGUCGCCUAGAUUCGUGUCCGGAGGGAUAUUUUUGUUUGCUUUGAAAAGGAAAGACAGAAAAGAAAGGAAGAGGGAAGGGAAACAGAGAGCUCAGCUCCGGAGUUAUGGUUAGUAAGAAGUUGGGGAUUUCUUUGGUGGAAUUGUUGAGAGGUUCCUGGAGACUCAGCACUGGGCCCUGCAGUCUGGGAGGAACGUGAGCCUGGGGACACUUUGGAAGUGACUUUAAACACUCAGAUCCCUUUUGCACCUUUUCGUUUUGGUUUCCCGUGUCCUUGGCUUUCUCCCCCCCUUUUGCCUCUCUACCUUGAGCAAAAAUGUGGGGGUGAAGACAAUGGGUUUCAUCAGCUAAUGGACCACCUACCACCGUGUCUCACCCAGGGAAGGCGAGUGAUUCAUAGUCGAAGGUUGUGAAGUGUUUGUAAUGUAUUCAGAAGGUAGGAAGUGAGAAUUAAGAAUUUGUCCUGAUUAUAAUGAGAGCCUUUAGGGACGGUGACCUUGGAGGCCGGCUUAGGGAGAUCUUCUGAAGUUACAACCAAGUCCAUUUUUAUUUCCGCCUGCCUUGGUCACCUGCACGUACGUUGUCAAAUAACAGUUACUGAGGAAACUGAGGGAAAUAACAACGAGCAACACAGACCUGAAACAUGCCUGCGUAAAAAAACACAAGGUGCUUUUCCAAGUGAAGCGAAAGAAGUGUGAGGCCUUUCCAGCAUUUUAGCACUUUUCACAUGGAAUGAAUUAAACAUCCAAAUAUCUGAAUUGGUGUAAACGCAUGAAUUUUUGCACAUCUGCGUGCAUCUGAACCAUGCGGCGUCAUUAGGGGCAUCUGCUCACGUGCUCUCUGCCUUGCCCCCCCUGGCUUUGCCUGCUCUUCACCUAAAGUGGCUAGAUCCUUCCCGGAGUUCACCCUUCCCCAAACCUGUACGUUUCUCACACUCCUCCAAAUUGGCCUUGGCUCUUUCUGCACCGUCUCCAUCAAGAGCACUUUCUGGUAGGUAGUAAGUAAAUCUGGGGAGUACCGACUGGAACAGUUCUGCAGAUAAUUAACAGAUUGUGUUAUUUGCCGAAAGUGACAGUUUCUUGGCACCUGGUUCCUGCUUAAAUAGGCUGGAGUAUUAAGUUCUUAGCAUAUCUCUCUAUUGUCUUGGCUUGAGUUGAUGCAUUUUCUAUGUGCUGUUCGUGACUUGGAGAACUCAUGGCAAUUGGGCCAUGCCAACUUAGGGUGUGAACGGAAUACUUCCCACCACAGUGUUGCAAGGGAGAGCAAAAUCCCAGAGAGAAGCCAGCAUCGGGUGAAGCACCCUCCCCCCGCCCCCCCACCUUCUCUUGGGGACUCAUAGCUUCUCACUCAAGACGCUUAUCUGUGUUGGAUGCUUACAUGGUUAUCACACCUGGUCUCUUGAAUUCUCAAGGCUUGGGCUCUAAUUUGUCAUUUUCAUGGGAAUCCGAGGCAGGAAAUGUGUUGCUAAGACUUGGCCAGACUUAGAUAAUCUGAGACUCCUGGAUAUUUGACUUGAUGAAAUUUGAGCUAGGCCUUGGAUCCCAGAGACCUACACCUGCGGCUUCUUGAACUUGCCUUCUGACCAGGGCAGACCCAGGUGAUGAGUUUUCCUUUGAACAUGCCGGUCCUUCCUUAAAGUCCUUGUCUUUCUAGACUGUAAGCUCUUUGAGGGCAGGGACUAUAUCUUACCCAUAUUUCCCAGCACCUAGCAUGAGAUAGGUCCUCAGCAAACAUUUGUUGACUUAAUGAGCGAAUGUCUUCUGGAAGAUGUCUCCAUAUCCAUAAUUGGGAUGUGAAUCGUUUCUUCACUGGAAUAGGAGCACCAUGGCCACAACUUCAAGGACAUGUUAUCUAUUAGAUGAACAUUCUACUGUGAGACUUUUUACUUUGCCUUCCUCCUUGUGCUGAAAUGAAACCAAACAGACAAAUUGUUUGGUUCCACAAGCCAACAUACAUCAGAGGAGAAUUCUGUUGCCUGAUUGGGAGCUGUGAGCCUUACUUAGUACAAGAAGCCAGUAAUGGACCUUUGACCUGUUUUAACCAAUGAAGAUUAUGAAUGUGUUUAUACGAUGUAAAUUGCUAUUUAAGUGUAAAGCAGUUCUGAAUUUUAGUAUAUGGGGGUUGGUUUAUAUAUAAAUAUAUAUAUAUAUAUAUUUUGUCUUUUUGAAAAAUGCUGAGGGAUCUUUUGAUAAGGUUAGUCAUGCACGUUAGACUUUAAUUGUGCAAGUGUGCUGUUUUUCAAAUGUAUAAAAUAUAGGAGAAGGUAAAAUAGUGAGAGGGAAAGGCAAUUAUGUUAUUCUUCUAUAGUUACUGUUGAGUGCCUACUAAGUGCACAGCAGGGAAGCCAUAUACGUGAGGAGCUUCUUUAAUUAGACAGAAUGUACCAGAUAUUCCAUAGGACCCUAUUGCGUGGACACAUACUGUGUGAAAAAAGGGACAGCACAACAACGAAGAUAUCAGAGCUGACUUAACUUCAGCUUUGGUUCUCAGGAUUCCAUUUCUGGAUUAAGAUAGCACUUGGUAAAACCCCACCGAGACUGCCUGAUGAACCCCUGAAAUGUACAAGCCCUCACAGUUAGCUUAACUGGGAUUGAUCUUUCUGUAGGUAUCUGCAUAAUUCUUGCUUUUCUUCCCAUUUGGCUUCUGGGCUGACAGUUGGUGAAAAACAAUCCUACUGCCGCUAUUUUUUUUUUUAAUCAGAAAUCUUGCCCUUUAUGUGAAAUUAACACUGAGUAUUUUUGUUUUAUGAAAGAAUUAUAUUUUUCAAAGUAUUGUUUUUUGUUUGAUGGGUCCCAGAAAACACUAAUAAAAACCCAAGACCAGCC